AUGACUGUGGGGCAAACUUUAGUUAAGGCAUCAAAAUUGUGCUUUUUCUCUCUGUUUCUCUACAAUACGGCUGUUUUCGCGUUAAAAUCAGGUUCCAUUGGAAAUUGCCCAAUUUCAAGCACGAAUUUCAGCGCAGCAUUCCUCCACAACCCUCCAUACGUGAAAGCCAAUAGCACAAAAUGGCAUGGCCUGAUUUAUGAUUUUGUGCAAGCGGGAUUAAUUCGCUGUUUUCGCCGCUACUCCUGCAAUAUGACGAAGAUGCAUUGGAGGGAAGUUUUCUCCGAGGAAAAAUUGAGCUCCCUCACUCUGGAAGAAAAAACUGACAUCGCAAUUCCGAUAACACCUUCGUUGUUUUCGUCGUUGACUGAAGAAUUGUCGACAUCACGAAACUGGCGCGUCACGCUUGUCACUAUCUUAGAAUCGCCUGGUCUUGCGUUAGUCAUUGAUUACAAUGCCUGUAAGACGAAGAUUGAGAAGAUUAUUACAUACACAAUUCUGUCUGCUUGGCCCGUCUGCGCUGUGAUUUUACUCUUGGCUGGUAUUUCAGGGAUCUCCAUAUGGGCAUUGGAAUCAAGCACUAACCAUCAUCACUUCCCGUCUUCCUUUGGGCGUGGAUCAACAGAAGGAUUCUGGUGGGCUUUUGUUACCAUGACAACUGUUGGUUACGGUGACAAAGUUCCACGGACCAUGUACGGUCGACUUUUCUCCGUUGUUUGGAUUUUAACCGGCGUCUGUCUUAUUUCCAUUUUCACUGCUGCUAUCACCAGCGCCAUCACUGUUUCGUCUGUUGACCCAGGCUGUAAAAGUACUCAAGGAAAACGCCUCGCAGCAAUAAACGGAUCAGAUGCUGAAAAGGAGGCGAGACAUCGUGGGGCUUAUGUUACAACCUUUGAAACAGAAAUGAAGAUGUUCGAUAUGUUAACAGCAGGUGAUGUUGAUGGUGUCAUGUUGGACAGAUUCAAAGCUUACUACUACCUCGAUCAACUGAAAAACGACAAUCUUAGAGUUGCCUUGCGUAUCGACACUUCACUACAAUAUGGCGUCUCGCUCAUAGAUAGAGGCUUUCCUGAGCUCACAGGAAAGAAUGGAUGCCUUGCAGAAUACUUCGUCAAUUCCCGCCAUCGUUUGGAUAGAACAAUGAAACACUACAUAAUGCCGGUGAAGCCUUUAGGUUCCCCUACAGAAACAGUUGGAGUCCUUUCGAUCCAUUCAAGGGCCAAUCAGCACCUGCUGAUCACUUCUGUGUGUAUUUUUGUUUCAUUCCUGAUCUCUGGUCUUCUGUGGGAAUUUCUCUACCGAAGAAACCACUUCAGUUUUUUCAAGUCUUCUCCAAGGGGUAACAAAACCAAUGGUUCACCGCUCAUCAAUAAGGAACUUGCAGAGAUUCAGAACGCUCUCGAAAAGCUUACUGCGCAAGUGCACACGGUUCAAGAGAAUUUGUAGCGUCUGCAAGAAAAUGAGCAGUGAAAUACAGAAGACUGAAGACAUUCUGAUGGAUUCAACUGCCUCUAAAAUGUCCAUCCUUAAAAACUGACCAUUACAUUAAUUGUACAAUGACACCUUAGACAAUGCAAAGCAAAUCGAAAACACGUGUUUUGAAACUUUCAGAGCAGUAUUUUGAAAUUGUUACAAUGUGAGUCUCGUAGCCCAUUUUUCAACUCUUAUCAAAAUGUAAUGCUCAUUUUCAAUCAAAACAAAUAAAGAAGGCUCGGGUGCAGGAUUUCCCCUUCAACCAUUCCUAUCCACAAAGACGACUGUCAGCCACGUGUACUGCACGGGUUUAUCAGCGCAGCAGCUAUCCACCCACAGAUAAGACAGAGUUG